CAUGCAUGCCUCGUGUACACCGCCUACCUCACCGAAAGCGUCUGCAUCGGGCAGGCAUGCGCAUCAGCGUAUGCGGGGCUGUAAAGCACACGCCGGGUUGCGGUGAGCCGCCAUCCAGCAUUAUUGUACUCCGACAUGGGUUCUCAGCAUAUGGUCGUCAUAGAAUAUGGCCGACGCUUUGUGUAUGCCUGCCUUCCUAGGCCCAAGCGUCGCCGAUGAGGGUCCAAGCUGGCGCUUCGGUACCAAUCCACAGUUCAUCGCCGGCAAGCACUGCCAAAGCGUAGUCCACAUACAGAGAGGGCCCAAGCGAACGAUAUAAAGGAUGCUACCUGUCGCCCUUGCGAACUGCAGGCAUCUACGAUCUUACAACCGUCGCACUUGCACACGCAAGCACCCUUCACCCCAUCCCUCAUCUAUCUACUAAUCCACUGAAAUGGAGCACUCCUCGCGCACUCAUCCCUCCGCAGAGGAAGCCGUCGCGCCGUCGAGCCUGAUUACUGCUCGGUUUCACCAUCCACAUCUGCUCGAAAUACAACGGAUGCCCAUCAAUUGGGAUACCAUAGACUACUGUAUUCAGUACAUCAUAAGCAUCUUGGCUCCCUAUCGUCGUGACAAGGAGGCACAUCGUCUCAGCACGGCGUUCUUUGGCUACCUCGCUUGCAACGUACUCGCAAAGUCUCAGGUAGACAUGGGCACACUCCUCGUCGCCCUCUCAUAUGUCAAGAGGACUCAGCGGGGGUUCGCCAAGAACCUCCAUACAAGCCUCAAUAAGCUAUGGGAAGGGGAGGACCUGCUGCUGGCGGCGCUGAUGACGGCUCAUAAAUAUCUCAACGAUGCCUGCUAUCCACUCUCGUCCUGGGCGCAGUGGGCAAGUGUCUACGACCGGACGAUGCUCCGAACGGUCGAGCGCCACUUCCUGAUUUUAAUCGAAUACGAUCUCAGCGUCAAGGAGGGAGAGCUCCUGAGCCAUUACGACGGCCUCAUGGAGUUUUGCGUUAGGAAGAAAGGCGGUUGGUACCAAACGAUGGGUGUGCUUCCUUCGCACCCUGUCCAGCAACCCGCGCAGUCCCCGAAGACGUACCCCACUCCCAUUGGAGCCGGGCGCCCUCGAAGCGACGCUUCCCAGCAGCACCUUAUCCCCUCGUCGUCGCACCGUGUUCAUGCGUCUUCGUCGGCACCCAUAUCCCGCGACUACGUUCAGGUCGAGUCACCAUACCCUAUGGCCUCGUCCUCGGUGCGCGUGCUACCGGAACAAUGGGUACACCGAGCCCCUGCGUCGCCGCGCGUCGACCCACCUGCUCCACUCCUUCCUGCUCCCCCUGCGCCGUGGCAUUCUGAGGCUCGCCGCCCGCUACCACCGUUCGUCGGCAACCGAGGAGGUCGUGAACGGUCACGGUCACCUCCGCCACGUCGUCCCCGCCCCCUUCCUACACCAGCGUACAUCAGUUCCUUAUCCACGGCAGCGCAACUCUCCCACGGUGACACUGCUAUUGAGCAUCGCAGGCGGUGGGACCCUUAUCCGUACAGUGGCCGCAGAGCACGCGAUUCGCGCGAGCAUGUUCUUGACCAUGACGAUGACCCUCCUCGAAGGCAAUCCAGGCACUCGUUGAGGACGCCUUACAGCGGAGACAGGUACCGCCGCUCGCACGGACGGUACCCACCAUGCUUGCCUCCUCUACGGGACUUGCCAAAUCUGCGGGAUCUCGCGCCUGACGACCCUCCUCCACUACAGCCAACACCUCCACCUUCUCGCGACCGACAUUAUGAUGACCCGCGUUUGAGACGCGCGCCACCGCGACCAUGGUUACACAGUCAGGACGAGCGGCACGAGAGAUAGUCAAAGGCUGUCGUUGCAUCGGUGGCGCUCCCAUCCCUGACGUCGUACCCGACGGGAGGCAUCCUGCGCUGGCCAUUGUGACCGGCAUCACGGCUAUGAGAAUCUUACUGCGACGAGAGUCUCAUACGUUGUUUCAUUCUACAUCGACAGCGUCUGCGGCUCGACAUACAUACCUUGAUAGUAGCCUUGUACUGCCCUAUGCCUCUGUCGUCUCUUUACUCAGAUACCCCGCCCAAUAUAUACCCGUUCAUAUAGCACAGCGCCUCGUCCUCUAGACCCCCCGUACGCCAUAACAACGCAAAUGGUUUAUUUUAUUUGGACCUC